GGCUUCCCUGUUGCAGGCGGCGCGUGCCCGGGAGCGCGGCCUCGUGCCCAGCGGCCGCAGGGAUGGCGGACGAGGGAGCCGUGACGGUCUGCGUGCGUGUGCGGCCGCUCAUCGCCAGAGAAAAUGCUCUAGAAGAUAAAGCGUCACUCCACUGGAAAAGUGAAAAUAAUACUAUUUCGGAAGUGAAUGGUACAAAAGUAUUCAGUUAUGAUCGUGUCUUUCACUCAAGUGACAACACUCAGCAGUUAUACGAAGGUGUAGCUGUUCCAAUUAUACAGUCAGCUGUGCAAGGUUAUAACGGCACAAUUUUUGCUUAUGGACAGACUGCUUCAGGGAAGACAUACACAAUGAUGGGAAAUGAAGAUUCUGUGGGCAUUAUCCCUAAGGCAAUUCAACAUGUUUUCAAAGUUAUUUGUGAGAUUCCAGAUAGAGAGUUCUUGCUAAGGGUUUCUUACAUGGAAAUCUACAAUGAAACCAUUACAGACUUGCUUUGUGAUAUCAGAAAAAAGAAGCCUCUGGGAAUUCGUGAGGAUGUUAAUAGGAAUACAUAUGUAGAAGAUCUGAUUGAAGAGGUGGUGGUUGCCCCAGAACAAGUUAUGGAAUGGAUCAGAAAAGGAGAGAAAAAUCGCCAUUACGGAGAAACAAAAAUGAAUGAACACAGCAGCCGUUCUCACACUAUCUUCAGAAUGAUCAUUGAAAGCAGAGAACGAAGUGACCCUGCAAAUGCAAACUGUGAUGGAGCAGUGAUGGUGUCCCACUUGAACUUGGUAGAUCUGGCAGGCAGUGAAAGAGCUAGUCAAACAGGAUCUGAAGGUGUCCGACUGAAAGAAGGCUGCAAUAUAAACCGGAGCUUGUUCAUUCUGGGUCAAGUUAUCAAAAAACUUUGUGAUGACCCUUCUGGCUUCAUAAAUUACAGAGACAGCAAGCUGACUCGAAUUCUGCAGAACUCCCUUGGAGGAAAUGCGAAGACAGUUAUUAUUUGUACAAUUACUCCUGUUUCUUUUGAUGAAACACUCAGUACUCUUCAGUUUGCCAAUACAGCCAAAAGAAUGAAGAAUACUCCGAAAGUCAAUGAAGUACUUGAUGAUGAUGCCCUCCUGAAGAGAUAUCGCAAAGAAAUUCUAGAUUUGAAAAAGCAGCUGGAGGAAGUGUCUUCGAAGACUCAAAUUCACGCAAUGGAAAAAGACCAAUUGGCCCAGCUGCUAGAAGAAAAGAAUUCUCUUCAAAAAGUACAGGAAGAUAGGAUACGAAACUUAACUGAGAUGCUGGUCACUUCUGCCUCCUUUUCCUCAAAACAGAAUGCUAAAGCCAAGAGAAGAAGAAGAGUUACUUGGGCUCCUGGUAAAAUAAACCAGGCGAAUGUGAGGUAUUUUGAAGACUUUGAAAAACAAAGGCUGACUGAAACAAAAAAAAUGAAAAUGUCUCUGUCGGCACUACCAGAUAUGGAGGACUCUAUGUUAGAGAAUUCUGAACAUGACAACCAAUGUCUGAUGGUUCCUGAUCAGAUUUCAGAUGUAGAAUGGACUGCUGGACCUAACAUGAAUUGGACUCAGAGAGACUUUGAAGAAUCUGUGCAACUCUGUGAAGCAUUAGCACUAGAGAAGGAUAUUGCAGUAAAUGAGGUCAACGUCCUGCAGGCUAACUUUAAUAACCUAGUAUUGGAAAAUGAGCAGCUGAAAUUAGAAAUAAAUGAAAUGAAGGAGAAACUGAAGGAAAAAAUAGAAAUGGAUGAAUUUGAAGCACUGGAAAAACAAACACAAAAAGAUCAUGAGAUACAACUAAUGCAUGAAAUUACCAACUUAAAGAAUCUAGUUUCAAAUGCUGAAGUGUACAACGAGGAACUUGAGGCAGAAAUAAAGUCCAAAUUGGAACAGCUGAAAGAGAAAGAGAACAAAAUAAAGAUACUACAGAAUCAUGUGGAAGAAUUACAGAAAGCAGGAGCUGAAAAAAAGGACACAUCUUUUUCAGUGGGAGAUUCUGAUAAGCUAAUUGAGGAAAUUCAGCAGCUGAAUAAAUCCCUCUUAGAUAGUGAGACCAUAGCCUUGGAUGCCAAAAAAGAAUCUGCUUUUCUCAGAACUGAAAAUUUGGAGCUGAAGGAGAAGAUGAAUGAACUCUUAAAAAAUUACGAGCAAAUGCAAAAGGACGUUCAAUUCUAUCAAAGCCAAAUAGAAGCAGGAAAAGCCAGUUACAAAAAAAUGCAAGCUGACCUGCAGAAAGAGUUGCAGUCUGUAUUUCAAGAAAACACAAGGCUAAGUUCACUGAUGGAGGGUAAAGUUCCAAAAGAUCUGCUCUCUCUUGUGGAGCUGGAAAAAAAGGCAGCUGACUUAAAAGGAGAACUAGAAAAAGCAUUGAAAGAGAAUGCACUUCUGCAAAAACAAGUGAAUGAGCUAUCAGAACUUCAGUCUCUACCAAACACUGUUGAGAUACAGCAGAAAAAGAUUCUUGAAAAAUGUGAGGAGCUACGCUUAUUAAAAUUGGAAAGAGAAAAGCUGCUUUCUGAAGUAGCUGAUAAUGAAAUUAGACUUAAACAUAUGACUGAAGAAAUUGGAAAAUCAAAAGACAAUCUAGCAGAUGCACAACUUAAAUAUGUAAAGUCUGACCAGGAAUAUGUAGCACUUAAACAGCUCCAUGAAGAACUAGAGCAAAAAUAUGUAGCUGCAUCAGAAAACAAUGAACAAAUGAAGCUCCAAAUAGAUAUUCUAUCUAAAGAAGCACAAGAGUCUAAAACAACUUUGGAGGAAGUGAAACUAGAGCUCUCUAGCAAAAUGAAAGAACUGGAAGAAAAGACAGCAGAGCACAAACAACUUCUUGAGGUAAGAGAAGAUUUUAUUCGGACUCAGCAGAAGUUAAAUGAAAUGGAGCGAUUAAAAGAGCAGGAAAAGAUUACGGAGUUGAGACUGGAGGCCAAGGAUUCGGAGAUCCAGGCAGUUCUUCAGCAGCUUACUGAAUGUCGGGAAGAAAUAAAAACUCUAACCCAGGAAAGAGAUUACCUGAAGCAAAAAGGGGAGUCUCUCCAAGCUGAGACAGACCAACUCAAAGAGGAUAUAAAGGACACUGUUUCAAUGAACAUUUUGGCACAUGAAGAACUGAGAAAUACGCAGAGUUCUCUUAAGCAAUCCCAGGACACUGUCAAGAAGUUGGAAAAGAAUAUUUCUGAAAAAGAAUCUGAGAUUCUGAGUGUUGAAGAGGCACUGGGGAAAACCAUUAAAGAACUCGAAAUACGGAUAUCACAGAUGACGGAAGAAAUAAAAAUCAUCACAUCAGAGAGAGAUCAACUUGCUGAGGAAAAAUCAGAAAAUAACUGUAGAGAAAGUGAUCAGGUUCAGGUGCAAAAGGAACAAAUCUUUUUCCUUACACAAGAGAACAAUCCAUUGCAGGAUAAGCUGGACAGUUUACAUUCGAAAAAAGAAGAGUACGGGGAAGGAACUUUGAUACCACAGAUUCGAGAAAAAUCUAUUGAGGAAGAAUUAUUUCUUCUGAGAGAAGAGCUGAGCCAGGCACAAAGGAAAUUGCAUGAAAUGGAGGAAGUGAAGGCCAAUGAAUGUCAAAGAGAAUCUGAAAAAAUGGGGAGAACAGAUUUUAUUCCAAAAUCGCACGACUGUCAGGGAGUGAGCGCUCUGACAGAAAGAGAUGAUAAUCUUAAAAUGCAACUGGACAAUCUCCAAAAUGAGAGAGACCAGCUAAGAGAAACUGUACAGGAGACAAUUAGCAUGAAUUCAGAGAUGCAGGAAGAGUUGAGAUGUGCUCAUAACUCUCUCAGACAACAUCAGGAGACUAUUGUGGAGCUGAAAGCAAGUCUUUCAGAGAAAGAAAAUCAACUCUUGAAAGCUCAAGAAGCAUUGAAGGAAACAACUGAUCAACUGCAGCAGAAGCUCACUGAAGUAACUGAAAACCUGACUCAUGUCUCUUCUGAAUAUGGCAAGCUACUGGCAGAAAAAGAACAAAAUGAAAAAACAAUGAAUGAGCGUAUCUGUCAGCAGCUUGAGAAAAUCACUUUACUUAAUCAGGAGAAAGAUGAGCUACAGCAAAUGCUAGAGACUUGUAAAGCAGAAAGAGAUCAGUUAGAGGCUGACUGUCGGGAAAGCAAGGAGAGAUCCUUAAAAGUUCUGACAGAAAUGGAAAAUCUACAGGAAGAACUAAGGCAUCAAAAAGAGCAAGCUGAUAUCCAGAAGAACAUGCUAGCAAAUGGAGAAGAGAAAUUGCAAAACACUGAAGAAAAACUAAAUGAAGAAAUAAGUGAACUGAAAGAAAAGGUAACCAAGUUGAAUGAAGACUUAAAUUUGGUAACUAAGGAAAGGCACAAACUGCUGGGAGAACUGAAAGAAAAGACUGAGAGUGAAAGCAGUAAACUUCAGCAGCUGGAGAAACAGUGUGACUUGUUAGCACAGGAGAGAGAUCAGCUCCAGGAAAUGCUGGAAGCUAUUCGAGCAGAGAAGAACAAACUGGAGAUUAACCUACAGGAGAGUGUUGAUAAGAUUCUUGAAACCGAAAAGGAAUUGAAGUGGCAACAAGAACUCCUCAGCAAUGAAAAGAUCAAAGCUGAAGAAAAGGAAGAACAUUUGUUAAAGGUUCAGAGGCGGUCAGAAAUUUUGGAGGACAGCCUAACAAACAAGAUUCAACAGUUAACUGAGACGCUAUUUAGCGUAUCAUGUGAAAAAGACCAGUUAUUGGCUGAAAGAACUAGUCACUCUUUCCAACUUAAAGAACAAAUCUCAUCAAUUAAUCAAGAAAAAGAUGAGCUACAGAAACUUCUCCAGGAUGUCAGGUCUGAGCGGGACCAGCUCAAGACAGAAUUGCAAAAAAAAUCUGAGAUGUGUGUUGAAACAAAUGCAAAACUGGAAUGUGCUCUAGACCAACUGAAGCAGAGAAACCUGAAUGAUGCGUCCAUUCAGGUGAACCCACUGGAUAAUGCAGAGCAGGUGGUUGAUGACAUCCUGAAGGAAAAAACCUUCAAAAUUAAGGAGCUUCUUGAGAAAUUCCCAAAUAUGGGGAAGAGGUAUGAAUGUCUCUCUACAGUGUCUCUUAAUCUAAAGAAUGAACUGAAUAGUCGGAAAGCACUGAUAGCUGUGAUACUGAGUCAGCUUUCAUCGGAACAGAGUAAACAAAUCAAAAGACUUCAAACUGAAAACGAGAAAAUAAACAGUCAUCUCCAGAGUUUAUUGAACAAACUGAAGUUUCUGUUCAGUCGUGUUUGCUCGAAGAAAAGAGAAUAUCAUGCUACGGUUAACAAGUAUGAAAUGGAAUUGCUUGAGGAAAAGAAAAAACGAGAUCAGCUACGAGCUCAGAUUCAAUGUCUCAGGAAGAUUUAUUUGAACCAGAAUGAAAUAUCUUCUCAAGAGUUAAACAUCAGUGAAGUGCUGCAGAGUUUGCACUUGGAUGCAGAGAGCAUUCUUAAAGAUGUAUCAGAAAUGGAAAGCGAACUUCUCUGCAUAGAAGCAGAGUUACAGCAGGAAGAAAGUGCUAGAAAAGAAACCACACGGUUCUGGGAAGCUUGUUCGGGAACUCACUGUGAUGCAGAGGAACUUAAAGAAGAGUUAAAGAAAGAUAAUGAAAGGCUUUUGCAAGUCAUUAACUUCUGGACUCCUAAAGUAAAGAUACUCCUUCAACUUUCUUCAGAGCUGGAUGCCAGAACUGCCAAUUAUUGUGAAAAUGCUGAUGUUGAAUCGAAACAGAGAAAAGAGAAAAGUGAAGAGUUGCUUCAGGAACUAAACACUCUUAAAGAACAACUGGCCCCUGGUGGCUCUGCCAGUCUCGCAUUAGAAGAAGAAAACUAUAGGCUUCAUAACAAAUUAAAGGCUGCAGAACAAGAUAUAAAGGCUAUGGAAGUAAAAAUUCAGAAGUUGGAAAAUGUAAUAAAUGAAGUAGGAAAAAAUGUCGAAGAGAAAGAUGACAGGAUAAACAAGUUACAAGCACAGAUAAGAAUAAAAACAGCAACAAGUGAGCUCACCCAACUGCAAGCCAAACUGAAAGAAACAGAGGAGUGCCUCAAAACUGCCUUAACAGAGAAUCAGAGUCUUCAGGCAAAAUUAGAUAAAGGUGCUGAGUUGUACAAAGAAGAAAUUGAUCAUCUCAAAACACAAUUAGUAAAAUAUGAUAUGGAAAGAAUGAAACAAUCCAACUCUUUUGAUAUGAAACUUGCUAAUUAUAAAGCUCUUGCAGAACACCAAGAACAACAGUUAACAAAGCUAAAAGAAGAACUUAGAAGAGCACAGCAAGAGCAAGAUGUUACUGUAAUGCUGGAAAAAGAAGCUCCUCAGCAACCCCAAAUACCCCUUACUUGUGGUGGUGGCAGUGGUAUUGUGCAGAGCACACAAAUACUUGUUCUAAAAUCUGAACAAGCUAAGCUACAGAAAGAGAACUUGCACCUGAAGAAACAAAAUGACCUUCUGCUAAGUAAUGAGCUUCAACUGAAAGAGGAACUUAGAAAAUGGAAAGAAAGAGCACUAAAAUGGAAAGAACGAUCCUCAAGAGAAACCACUCGAGAGACAGUACCAAGGUCUCCAAGGAAGACAGUGUCAUAUUCCCUUAAAGAGCAAAUGCCUUCACCCUCCAAGGAACCUAUUUCUCAGGAAAUUGUGACUCAGGACUUAUCAAAGCCUCUGCCACUAACUUGUCCAACAAAUUUCUUCGAUAAUUCCAGCUUGGGUACACUAACAGAUACACGACCUGCGGGAAUAGAGCCCACAGAAGAACAUCUUAAGCACUGGUUUGGAAAUUCAGAGAAAGAUAAAGCCCCUGAUUGUACCACCCAAUAAAGGUGCUCUAUUGGAAGCUGCCUUUGCAGUGGCUACAGCCAGAAUCUGCAUACAUGAAAGAUAAUUGCUUCAGGUCAAAAGCCAUCAGCCUCUUCCACAAAUUGAGAAGAGCUCUGGUAGGCAUGCAAAUCCCUUGCUGUCUUGGAGUUGAAACUUCCCACAAUUGGAAAAGCUGGAAUACUAGAACAAAAAUGGAAAAGCAGUCAUGUUGCCCACAACCUGCUGAUCUGAUGAUGUUCUACUUUGGUGGGGUUUUUUUUUUUUGGAUGGCAAAGAAAGAAAAGGCAAUAUAUUGAAGAAAUAAAUGGAAACAGGAAUGGAUCUACUGUGAAACUUCUCAAGCUUUUCAUUCUGUCAUUCCUAAAACAGCCCUCUUCUGGGUGGUCAGUAUUUGUAUCUUCAGAGUGCUGUUGAGUUGGAAAGAACUAUACUUUUUGUUUCUCAGCAUAUGAUUUUAUACCAUGCUUUCUCUAAGUCCACAGAAACUGCAUUUUCACCACAAUUUUAACCUCUCUAUCUGGACAUUGCAACUGAAGUUACUAAUUUUCUGUUUAUAGGGCACACAAUCAAGGGUUCCCCUUAAACUCCUUACAGUAUUUCUGCAGCUCAGCCAAUUAUGGUACCAAGAGUAACUUUGUGUUUUGCAUCAUCUUUCAAUAUACUUCUAGUUCCUGCCUGAAGCUGGAUAUUGGCAUUUUUUUAAUAGUAAGCAAUGGACCUGACACUUUUCUGCUACUCUAGUGAAUGGAAAAUAAACUGGAUGAUCAGGGCUCCAAGAUGGACUAUUUUACUAGCCUGCUUAUCCGCAUUGCGAGACCUACUUUUUUGUAUGUUUUGUAUAAGAAGGUUUGUUUUGACAAUAAACUUUGUGUUAAGUAUUUA